AUGACGAAUUACAGACUAGCCAUAAUUAUUCAUGCAAUUUUAUCGGCUGUAAGUGCCUACACUUCAGCUUUAAAGUCUUCAAUUAUGUGCCAAACGGAGUUCCAACCCAAACUGCUUGCCUCUCGCACGAUUUCUAACGUGAAAACAGACGAAAUAUUCACUAAUCUUCUCAUGCAACAUGGAAGAAAAGCCCUGAUCAGGAAUGACGAGACACAUUCAAGGAGUGAAGAGCUUGAGUACUACGGAAAAGUCUGCGGUACCCCAGUCAAGCACUGCAGUGAAAUAUUUCUUGGUAUGACUGAUGAUCAGGAGAAUACUAAUUCCAUUCUUGUCGUUGGAAAAGCAGGGAUUGGGAAAUCCCUGUUUUGCCAAAAGGUGAUUCGCGAUUGGGCCAACAACGAAUUAUUUCAAGAACGGGAAGUCACUGAAAUCCCCAAUUUAAAAUUUGUCUAUUUGCUCACUUUCCGUCAAUUGAAUUUUUUUGAAAAUAAGUGUGUAACUUUAAGAGAAAUCUUAAAUUGUUGUUCGGCACUGGAUGACAAAUGUAACAUUAAUGACUCUACAUUUGAGUACAUUAUAGAGCAUCCCAAGCAACUUAUGAUCAUCCUCGAUGGCUAUGAUGAGUAUUCACAGCAAGACUGCAUCGCUGAAAACUUAGAGGAGGAUCCCAAUGACGCUAGACGUAAAAUGCCGGUGGCCGCAUUAUGUUCAAAACUCAUGAAAGGAAAAAUCUUGAGAGGGGCUAUCGUCAUGAUUACUUCGCGACCAGAUGAAUCGGACAAGAUGGGAGGAAUCCAUUUCCAACGGUACGUGGAAAUUGCGGGAUUUUCGACAGAACAAGUAAAAGAGUACAUUGAGAAAUACUUCAAGAACAACGAAAAUAUGAAGAACGCUGUACUUAAACAUGUCAUGAACAAUGAGGACCUUGUCAGUUUUGCUCAUAUUCCUAUGCUGUGUUAUCUGUUGUGCUUCGAGAUGGAGUAUAUCCUAACCGAAUCGGAAAAUCCUGAUGACCUUCCUGCCUCAACAACCGACAUUUACACGAAAGUUGUUGAUAUUUUUGAACUUAAGCACUGUGCCGAGUCAAAAUACAGACAGAAAGAAAUUCCUGAGCAAUUCAAGCCCCCUCCUGUCAUCAGGAACACAUUAGAGAAAUUAUCAGAACUAGCGGCUAAACUGCUGCUUGAAAGCAAGCCAACUUUUGAUGAAAGCGAGAUGAAAGGCGAGUUUGAGCUGGAAGAAGUCAACAAACUGAAAGGUAGCGGUCUUCUUCACUGUGGUCAGUCUUUCAGGACUGCACUGAUUACAACCACGAAACACUUCAGCUUCACACAUCUGACCGUCCAAGAAUUCUUGGCCGCUCGUUGGUUUGUAAAGGAAAAUCGUGUUCCAGACCCGGCCAAAUGCUCUGAAAUGGUUUUCCAAUUCAUGGCCGGCGUGUUAUCAAAUGAGGAAAACGAGGAACUGAUGGAAAAAUUAAUAGAUUUACCCUUCAUGCCUCCUCAUCUUAGAUUAAGGUGUCUUAAAGAGUAUCGAAACAAAGAAUUUGUUAAACAGUUCAUGAGGAAGAAUCCCCAAGCGUUUUUUCAAUCAACCGGCGUCAUAGUCUUCGAGUGUUUUUCAGAUGUACACUGUGUUGGAGCAUCAUUUUUGUUGGACAUUAUCAGUGAACUAAAUAAAGAGGAAGCUGGAGAGGCACAACACAAAUAUACUGAUACGUUUUUCACAGUUAAGAGGUUAGGACUUGUCGGACCACAUCUAACACUGUCUGGAAUACAACGAGUCUGUAAUUCACUGAAGAAUGAACACUGUCUUGUGUCUCUACUUAGAUUAGUGAACAUUAACUGGAGUGAUGAAUAUGUUGAUUUUAUUAAUCGAUUAUUAGAUCCAAGUUGUAAGCUAACCACACUAAAUCUGGAGUCCAGUGGGGUUAAUGAUACCGGCGUUGCCAGUCUAGGUAAAGCUUUACAGCAUCCAAGCUGUAAGCUUACUACACUAAAUCUGAAGGACGAUGAAAUCACUGAUACCGGUGUUGCAAGUCUAUGUGAAGCUUUACAGCAUCCAAGCUGUAAGCUAACCACACUAAGUCUGGGGUCUAGUGGGAUCAAUGAUAUAGGUGUUGCCAGUCUAGGUGAAGCUUUACAGCAUCCAGGCUGUCAGCUAACCACACUAAGCCUGGGUUAUAGUGGGAUCAUUGACACCGGUGUUGUCAGUCUAUGUGAAGCUUUACAGCAUCCAAGCUGUAAGCUAACCACACUAAAUCUGGGGUCUAGUGGGAUCAAUGAUAUAGGUGUUGCCAGUCUAGGUGAAGCUUUACAGCAUCCAAGCUGCAAGCUAACCACACUAUAUCUUGAGGGUAAUGACAUCACUGAUAUCGGUGUUGCCAGUCUAUGUGAAGCUUUAAAGCAUCCAAACUCUAAGCUAACCACACUAUGUAUUUCGUGUAGAGGGAUCAGUGAUACCUGUGUUCCCAGUCUAUGUGAGGCUUUACAGCAUUCAAGCUGCAAGUUAACCACUCUAGGUUUGCAACAUUGUAGGAUUACUGGUAUCGGUGUUGCCAGUCUGUGUGAAGCUUUACAGCAUCCAAGCUGUAAGCUAACCACACUAGAUCUGAAGG